AUGGCGAGACUUAUCCCGGUCACAAUGAUAGCGCCGGCCGUUGUGGUCGCGGCUUCAUUCCUCUUUGCCCCCUUGUCGCAAUUUCUUCUUCAUCUGAAAGUCUUGGGAUUCACUCGACUGUUUAGAUCUAUCGAGAAUAUACACGGCGAAAACCUGCGGAUCAUACCCGACACACAAUUUACGGAGGAUCUACAUUACCAUACUCCCUCGGGACUGCUCUUUGGUGCCUCGGAAAGCGACCACAAGACCCGAAAUACGUGGUUUCCUCCCUUGACAAUAUGGGAAGAACCUGACUUGAUUGGACAAGGAGGUAUCGUUGUCAUCGACACGAAAACCACAAGCUGUACGCGCCUAGCCUUGUACAACUUCGAUGGUCCCUUCAACACCCACGGCAUCGACAUAUACUUGCCUCCCGACGACCCAACGAUCGUAUACAUAGUCGCGGUGAAUCAUCUUCCGAAUCCGGAGUAUUACGAUCGGUCAACUUCUGCUAAGAAUUUGACAAUACCUAAAGCUCGCUCUCGCCUUGAGCUUUUCUACCAUAAAAUCGGUACAUCCGAGGCGACGCACAUCCGCUCUAUCUGGCACCCCCUCAUCCGAACACCCAACGAUGUCCUGAUAAAAUCGAUGAACGAGAUAUACGUAACGAACGACCAUUACCAUCGCGAGGGGUCUAUGCGUCUCAUCGAAGCCCUCGCGUGGGGUGACUUUGCUCCUUGGACUGACCUGAUCCACCUAUAUAUCGAGAACCCCCUUUCUGAAGUUGUCAACGAUACCGCCGGUGUGACUGGCACAGCUGCUAUCGAAGGGCUUCAGACCAACAAUGGUCUCGGCUACGGGAGGAGCUUAUCCGAAAUCAUGAUCGUCCGUGCACAUGCGGGGAAACUUUUGCUUGCUGCGGUAGAUGAGGCAAACCCGCCGAAGCUGAGAAUCGACGAGUCAAUUCAGCUCCAUAGUACAUUAGAUAACCCAUCAUAUUUCUCGGAUCCGUACGCCGCGAAGACGGGGAGAGAUGCGAGCGGUUAUGUCCUGGCUGGUAUGGCGCGGGCUAUUGCAUUUCCGAACGGUUUAGACCCCGCGAUGGUGUGGCUUGUGCAACCAUCGUCUGCAUCGGAGAAAGGCGGUCAGAAGCGGACGCGAAAGUUGAUAUUCCAAGACGACGGGCAUGUGAUGAGAACAGCUAGCACUGCCGUUCUUGUCGCUAUCGAUCCCGAUACGAAUGAUGGGAAGAAGCAGGCGCAUCUAUAUGUUACGGGGCCGCUAGCGCGAGGUAUUGUUGUGAGCAAGAUAGAUCUCUGAGCGGGUUUUGCAUAAACGUUAGACAGGCAGACAGGGGCCUAUUAUAGACGCUAGACUAUUGGAAACAGGGGAUAGUUAUCGUAUAUCACAUAGGAUA